UGGGAUACAGGCGGUGGAGGUCAGAGAAACUCCAAGAUGUCGGCUGUUAGUCUCGCGUCCUUGAGCCGCUGUGGUUUUUGGGCAUUUCGCUCCCCCGCAGGACUGGUGGCGGUCCGGUAUGCCCAAACAGCAGCAGCUCCAGCAUCACAGCCCAGAGUAAAGAAGUUCCAGGUGUACAGAUGGGACCCAGACACUCCAGGAGACAAACCCCGCAUGCAGACCUACGAAAUCGACCUCAACACUUGUGGUCCAAUGGUUCUUGAUGCCCUGAUCAAGAUAAAAAAUGAGAUGGACUCUACUCUGACCUUCCGUCGCUCCUGCAGAGAAGGUAUUUGUGGAUCCUGUGCAAUGAACAUUAAUGGAGGAAACACACUUGCUUGUCUUAACAAGAUUGACACCAACAUUAGCAAGCCAACUAAGAUUUACCCCCUGCCACAUAUGUAUGUGGUCAAAGACCUCGUACCUGACAUGAGUAACUUCUACGCCCAGUACAAGUCUAUUGAGCCCUACCUGAAGAAGAAGGAUGAGUCAAUGGAGGGGAAACAGCAGUACCUGCAGUCUGUAGAGGACCGACAGAAACUGGACGGCCUGUAUGAAUGUAUCCUGUGUGCCUGCUGCAGUACGAGCUGUCCAAGUUACUGGUGGAACGGAGACAAAUACCUCGGACCUGCUGUGCUGAUGCAGGCGUAUCGUUGGAUGAUUGACUCACGAGACGAGUUCACAGAGGAGCGUCUGUCCAAGCUGCAGGAUCCUUUCUCCCUCUAUCGCUGCCACACUAUCAUGAACUGCACUAAGACCUGCCCCAAGGGGCUGAACCCAGGAAAAGCGAUAGCUGAGAUCAAGAAGAUGAUGGCUACAUACAAAGAGAAGAAGGCUGCUGCCGUCUGAAACCGCAGUCGUCUUGUUUUACAACUUUUCCCUCCAUGAUUAAAUUAUAUAUUGAUUAAAAUGCUCAAUGAGGUCUGAAGGGCCAGUACACCAGUCAACUCCCCCACCACUACACCCUAAACACCACAGAGUCAACUGAUGCAAAUAAGUGUGUGUGUGUGUGUGUGUGUGUGUGUGGUGGGAGGGAUUGGUGUUACACAAACGCACAUGUACAGUAUAAAUGCAGGAGAGAGAGAGAGUGUGUGUCUGAGUCUUACAUGUACCGUAACCGAGGUAUUUAUCUCCAACUCCACUGUGUGUAUGUUUGUGCACUAGGGAGACGUGAUGCUGCGUAUUAUUAAAGUAAAAACGAGGCAUUUUAUUGUGCAUAGACAUUUUUUUAGCUUGUUGCUCUUCAGGCUAGCAGCUGGUCCACAGACAUACAGUGUAUAUGUUCCCUCAGAUCUUCCAACAUACCAACAGCAGUCUUUGUUUUAAUGGAAAAUAAAUAGUUUAAAUGCC